AAUGCAUCCCUUGAUGAGCGAGUUUCAGUCUAUACAAAGUCUAUAACUCUCGUCCACCACCUUCUACUUCACGAUGGCCAACGCACCCAAACUUUCCAACACCGGUCGCCUCGGCAAUAUUCCUCUCCCGCCUCCCACAACUCUCCAAAAUGACAAGAUCCCUCCUCAAGAUAAGGAGACCGCGGUCCAUUCUCUUAGCGCGUUCGACCGUUAUCUAACUCACACCAACCCUAACUUGCCGAAUCACGUUGAUGCCACGGGCGUGGUUUCAGCAGACACGUACAAGUCCCAAGUAAUACUCUAUAAUUACUUGCAAUCGUUCCAAGGAGACCAGCCACCCCCUUGGUACGCUGGUCUCGCAAAAGCAGACGCAAUCGCCGAGUUGCGCGAUAUGAUUAAGGCAUUAGUGGAGGGUUCUAAGAAAUCAGACGCUGCAUUCAGCUUAUUAGAGGGUCGUCUCAAAGGUGUGGAAGAUACGUUGGAACGGGUGGAAGACACCGUUAAACAGACGAAUCUCUCUCUAACCAGGAUGCAUAUCUCUAUGCUGAAAAGACAGAACUUUACUGUGGACCCAGCUGAACUGGUUCAAGUACCCUUCCCAGAUGGGACGGAUCCGUGGGGCAAGGAUGUCAAAGUGUCUGUUGAGAAGAUGCAUGGGACAGGGAGAUGGCAACGCACUGUCCAAGAAAUGGAGAUGGAGAACCUUCCUCCUCUCAACUCCAUCGCUGCUAUUGGGCAACUAUCCUCCAAGCAGCUUGCUGGUUAUGUGGAAGGGUACUAUAGUGGCUUGCACGGGGAUGCAUUGAACAAAGACAAGAAGCAACUUGUUCAGUGGGCUGUGGGACGUAAGUAAAUAGGUUUCUACCUUUUGUUUCGCUUUUCUUUCAUCGUUGUACAUGUGCAAAUACAAAUCUGUAUCUUUCUUAUCCAUUAUCACUUCUAGCAGUUCCAAUAGCAGUUGACAGUGUUUGGGGAUUUCCAUCUCGUAACUCUUACAGCAAGGAAACCUCUCGAAAUCCACGUCAAACCCAG